GUCGGCGGCAGGAUAUGCGACGCGUAACUUCGCGCAGCGGGCGACCUUUAAGAAAGCAGCGCAAAGUGAAAAGUGAUAUUCUAGAAAAACAAAAAAAAAGUAAUCAUAAAAACGGAUAAUAAAUAACGAUUUGAAGUGUUAUUUGCGGUUGUUGACACAAAGUGAUUUAGAUAAAGUGAUAUGAAGUGAAUAAAGUGUUGCAUAUAAAUCUAUUUUGCGCCAACCGCAGUGAGAGAUUUAUUGUGGUGUUUUUCUAUGCGCUUUUCGAAAUCGUAUUAAGGAGUUGGAAAUGCAUAUAAGCAAUGCCAUGAACAUGUUUGUUUAUUAAAUUAUGCAAAUUUUUAGAACUAAUUGCUUUUAUAUACACAAAAAGUAUUAGAAUUAUUUUCUGAAAUAUUUUUGAACAACUGAAAUCUUAAAUUGGGAAGAUUUUCCCCAUAUGAAAUUGUACAAAAACAAACUUGCAUGAAAUGGAGCCAAAUCAUGAAUUUGCGGCGGCAAACGAUGACUCAAGCAAUUCUACGAAUUACAACAACGAACUCACACUUUCAACAAAACUAAAUCAGGAUGAUAACUGCACAACAGUGUUGAAAGUGAACUCACCCGCUGGCACUACAGUGCGUAUACGUGUUCGACAUCCUGCAGUUGCAUCGCAUGCGCUCGCUGAAAAUGAUAGAUAAGUGAGGCAAAGCAUUAAAAUAACCAGUAAAUAAAGUAAAAUAACUAUUAAUAGUGAUGGAGAAAAAUAAACUAAAUUACAUUAUUUAAUUAUAUAACAACAGUGAAAUAAAUUAAUAAUAAAUGAAACGACAAUUUCAAAGCGUUAGAAGCGUAAAAUAAAAAUAAUUCGAAAAUAUAUUAAAGUUGUAUAAAAUUCAAAUUAGCAAUUUAAUAUUUAUAAAUGUGUAUAACUAAAACCAAAGAAAGAGCAACCAGAAGGACACUAGCGAGUGCAGCACAAGUUUAUGAACCAACAGCUGUGUGUUUAACGGGUUCAAUAAAAAUGUACAACUAACUUUUCCUACAUUGAAUGAGGACGAAAUCGUAUGCAACACGCCAGCAGACAAUUCCAAUUUGUAUUUUUUGUUGUGUUGUUUUUUCUUUUUUAAUGCCCCAGUCACCGUCAGCUCCUUCCCCAGUCAUGUAAGUGUGCGGUCAGCAGGCUUCGUGCGGACUCGUGUCCAUUCUCGUUGCAUGCGCACCAUAAUUCCUAUGUAGUGGCGUGCUAGUUGAUAAAUUUGCCGAAGAUAGUCAUAUGUGCAGCAAACGCCAUCGAACCGUCAACGCUCGUGGACACGUUUCCGUUGCUGUUUCCGCCGUCGCCAGUGUGGUGAGUCGCAUUGUGUUGUGAGCGUUGCAUGAGUGACAAAGCUAAUGUCGGCGAGCGACCAAAACGAUAAUGGGCAAUUGGCUUAACGGUGCUGGGCAGCCGUAUACAUUGUGUGCCAUGCAAAAGGAAGUGGAAGUGUGAAUUUAGUGGCAAGGUGGUGUGGCACAGUGCGCGAAUGAGCAAUCAAGCAAAUUAUAAUGCAAAUACGUGAACAACACAACAAAAGCAACAACAAAACUGUGGUUUGAGUGCAAAUAAAAAACAACAAAUAUGAAAAAUAGUAAUUGUGCCGCGGUGUAUGUGCGUGUGUGUGUGACAAAUAGCCAGCGGGCGUGCCGCGCAAUUUGGAAAAAUGCCGAGCUAUCUGCAUACAAACUCGUUAAAAGUCGCACAAAUGUGUAAUUUGACGAAAUCCGAUUGAGUUCUAUCGAAAUACGAGCACAACAAAAACAAAAAAAGUAAAAACUAGUGAAAUAAAUAAUACUUUGGUGAGAAACGGCACAUAGUAGAGCUGCGUAUGUGCAUGUGUGCGCGUGAAUAUAUAGAAAAUCGCAUAACAGUUAGCUGGGAAAACCGCACAAAUGACCAGCCUGCAGUUAUGUGUUUGUGUGUGUGUGUGUCACAAAAGUAGAAAUGCAUGUAACGGUAUAUGACAGCAAAAAUAUUUUUGUGCCACUUUGUCUAGCGUCGUUUGCAUGACCAAUACGCUGAGCAAAUAACUGUGCAAAAAAAAAAAACAAAAACAAAAAUGAAACUUGUCUAUCUGCUGGUAAAUUUGCAAAACGCUCAUUUGCCUCUUCGUCCGAACGCUCCACUGCUUUUCUUUUUUCCUUAAGGGCUGUGCGUGCGUGUGUCUGUAUUGCUCCACAUUUAUCGUUGUUGUUGUUGGUUUACUUUCGAGUGGGUGUACCGUUAUUUUACAUAUUUAUGUGGAUGACUUAUUGCCGGAAAGUUUCGUAUCGGCUGCAUGCACGAGCUCAUUGAAGUGUGGUCUCAGUGCUGUUCUCGCCGUUGCAGUGGCAUUCGCAUUCAUCACGCUCAGCGGCAGCAUCGUCUUUCAGCCACGUGCGGCGCAUCAGCAGCCAGUCCGCUGUUCACAGUCUUGAUAGUGCACAUUUAAACACACACAUACAAACAUACAACUUUAGCGAAAAUGCCACCGAAACGCAGACGCCGUUUCCAGGGAUUGUACUAUCAUUCGUCGCCGCCGAAGGUUCUACCAAUGAACGGACAAUCGUCGAACCAAGGGCGAAAGCGUCGUGAUAUAGAUGAUUUCUCAGUCAAACUAUCCACCAUAAGAAUAUGGAUGCACGAAAAGGAUAUUGGCAAGCUGACACGCAUCCUUUGGGCCGGGCAGGGCAGUCGACUGUGCCAGCAGGCGAGCACAAAUCCGCGUGUCAAGCGCUUCUUGGCAGCGGUGCCAUAUGUGAUGAAUUCGAUCAAGGACGUACAUCAAGCCGUCAUCGACAAUAAUUUGGAGACGUUGCAGGCGAAAAUGGAGUCACCGGUGCCACCGGCACUCAUUACCUGUCGCGAUGCGAACGGCCUGAAUCUUAUACACAAAGCGGCGGGUCUGGGUCAUACCAAAAUACUCGAGUAUUUGAUUGGCAUUUGGCCGGAUGGCGCUGCCGAAACGGAUAUAACGGGCAAAACCCCGUUACAUUGGGCGGCAAGUCACAAGAAUAACAUGCGCUGCUAUACGCUGCUCACGGAGGCCGGCUGCGAUGAGGAGGCCUUGGAUUAUAAAAUGAAAUCGCCUACUUACUAUCGCCACAAGCCGCACGAAAUCGAGCGUGCCUUCUUGGUUUAUGUGCCGGAGGCGCCACGUGUCUCACCAGAUGUCGCCACCGACUGGGAGGCGCUGAGCGAAGAUAUCGGCGAUGGUGGCAAGAAAUUAGAUAUUAAAAUACCAGAUACGAAUGGUUUUCAUGGUCGCAACACUGACGACAGUAUUGAAAAUACAUCCGAGGUGGACUUGAAUGAUGGCGUAAGCGCAACGGACGAGGAGCCGCAAACCGCAGCUAUAACCAACGGCAAUGGUGAUGACUCAGCACCACAAACGCCAGCAGAAGAUGACGAAGAAGCAGCAAAUGGUGCAGAGGAGGGUGGCGAAGAAGAGCCAGCACUGACAAAUGGUGCGGCAGAAACAAACGACGUCAAUGGGCAUGACGGAGCUGAGGUAGAUGUCGAAGUCGAGGACACUGAGGCAGCUAAAGCUGAAGCUGCUGUGGAUGCAGAUGCUGAGGCAGAAGCUCAGGCUGAUGUUGGUGCUGAUAUUAAGGCUGACGUCGAAGCCGAUGCUCAGGCCAAUCCAGAGGUAGAAGCCACAGAAGCGGAGACUAAUAUGAAAGCUUUAAAUCACACAACAACAACUAAAACAAAUGGGAACGAAGAGCAUGCGGAGCAGAAAGAGAGCGAGGCAGCGUCAACAGCUGUGAACGAUAACAAGGAUACAGCAGAGAGCGAGAUUGCUGAAAAUGGGACAAAAAUUGAGGAGAGCGGAGAGACAGAAAAGGUUGAAGAGAGAAAAGAAGAAAGUGAAGAUAUAACUAACGAAGAGAGUGAAUCUAACGUGAAGGAGGUAGAUGAUGUGAAAGAUGAAGAGCAACCAAAAACCGCCGAAGUUGUAGAUAAUACAGAAGAUGAAACAAAAGAGAAUGAAUCGAACGUGAAGGAGAAAGACGAAAUGAAAGAUGAAGAUAAACCAAAAACAGCCGAAAAGAAAGAUAUAGUCAAUACGGAAGAUGAAACAAAAGAAAAUGAGGUUAAAGAAAAUGAAAUAGAAAGCGAAACUACAAACACUGAGGGGAAAAUUGAAGAUACAAAGGUCUCUGAUCUGUCGAUAGAACCGCAUAUUGAGAGUGGAGACGCGCAUACCGAAGAAUACAAGGAACAGACACCAAUGGGUGAGGAAGAGCAACAGCAAAAAGAAGCGCAAGCGGAAGCAACGAACGGCGAUGAGGAAGAGAAUAAAGCUGCAGAAGUACAGCAAGUUGGUGAGCAAGUUGCAGAUCAUAAAAGCGAAUCAGAAGUAAAUGAGUUGGAACUAAACGUUAAUAACGCAGUUGAUGAGACAGCACCGGCCGAUACAACAGAAGCAGUCAAGGAUAUAGUAAAGGAAGUAAGUGAAGACGUAGAUACUAAAAAGGAAGUAUUAGAGGAAUUAAAAAAAGAAAGAGAAGAAAAUGAAGAUAAAAAUAAAAGCUUAAAUGGAAAAAACAAAGAAAGUGAUAGCGAUAUAAAAGUAAGUGAGACAGAGAUAUUAGAUAAUGGAAAUGAAAGAGAGGAAACAACAAGCAAAAGUGUCAUUGAAGAAGAUGAAAGUAAAGACAAUGAUGAAGAGGUUCAGAAAGACAAAGAAACAGAGAAGGAUGAAGCAAAAGAAACCCUAGAACAUGUUUCGCUAGAAUAUAAAGAAGAUAAUAUUGAAAAGGAUGAAAAGAGUGCGACGGAAAAUGAAAAAGAGAUUGCGCUGGAGGCGAUAGAAGCUAAAGAAAGUAAGGAUUCAACGGAAAAUGCAGAAGAAAAGACUAACUUGAGUGAUGAGAAAGAAGAAAUGAAAGCAAAUGAAGUUAUAAAUUCAGAAAGCAAUGAAAGCAAAAUCGAAAAAGACGAAGAAAAUAAAGACACAACAAAUGGUGACAACACUAAAAGUGUACAGCCUGACACAACAGUGAAAGAUUCUCCAGAAAGCAGCUCUGAAAAGAAUGAUGGAGAAAAAAGCACACAAGAAGCACCUAAUGCAAACGAUAAGACUGAAGAAGAGGAAGUGAGUAACAAAACCAAACAAGAAAUUGUAGAAAAUAAUGAAAAGACAACAACAACAGAAACUGAUUCAAUAGAAAAAGUGUUGCCACAAAAUGGCGGCUUAGAAGUCACUUCCGAACAAUAUUGCAAAGAAACAGGCGAAAAUAUGAGCAAAGAGAAAUUAGAAACAAUAGAUGAGCAUGCAAUUAGCAAAGGUGAGCAGGUGGGUGGAAAAAUUCCACGCUUGACCACAGCCAAAUUGAGUAGAGGCAAGAGAAAUGGCAGUGCAAAGCGAAGUGGUAGUGGGAAGAAGAAGACCGAUGCGUUGGUGGAGGGAGAAAACGAAAGUGAUGGCGAAUAUGAUGAAGACGACGAAGACGAGCAAAAGGACGAGCAUGAAAACGAAAACGAAGCAGCAACCGACAGUGAAAAUGAAACUAAUAACGGUUACGAAUCGGAUAAUGAACCCGCAGUCGAUACCGCAUCCGAGCACGAAGCCGAGUCUGAAGCCGACGAAAACGACGACGAGGUACAAGUAGUUACAGAACCACAAACAGCCGAUAAGUUGGAUGAGAAUCACAAUGAAGCGAAAUAUGAUAACGGUGAUGGCGCCAGUUCGCCGACCUCAUCGCUGGCCAUUGAAGGCUUCGUGACUGGCGCGUCGGAGGAUAAUAGAGUUCAGUCGCAAUCCGCUGCUUAUGUACACGAAGUAUUAACGCUAAGCAUACAACAGUCAGAUAUACGUGAAGCCAUCGAGGCCGGUGACAUGGAACAAUUGGCGCAGAUUGUGCUCAAUGGUGAUGGUAAGAAGCUGGUGAAUAUGCACUCACACAAUCCGGACAUACAGGCGUUCCUUAGUAAUGUGCCCAACUAUAUGAGUAAAAUUCGCCGUGUGCAUGAAGCGGCUCGCGAAGGUAGCCUGUUGGCCUUGCAACAAGCUUUGGAUCGUCGAAAGUUUGCCAUUGCUAAGGAUGAUAUAUCACCUAAUGGUGCAACACCAUUGCAUGUGGCCGUACUUUUCGGUAAUACAGAUAUUGUGCGGUAUUUGGCGGCACGCUUUCCAGAAACCACCACAAUCACCGACAAUGAUGGACGUACAGCACUACAUUAUGCCGCCACAAUUAAUGAUAAUGGACACUUUUACAAUGUACUCACACAGCUCGGUGCCAACAGCAAAGCUUUGGAUAAGCUUGGGCACACGCCAGAGUUCUAUCAAAAUAAAGACGAAGCCAAAGAUAUACUCAACUAUAAACAGUUAUUGAGCAAUUUUGGCGCUGAAGAGCUGGAAGAUGAACUGCUUAAUGAUCAAGUACCAGAUGAUCUGCACAGUUCGAGGCGACAACUGCAAGAUGUCGAUAUUAAUCGGACGCUCGAUCGUUGCUUCAGUGUAAUCGAAGAGUCGAGCAAAGCGUUGAGUGGUUCGGCAGCCUCGGCGCUGGCGCAUCGUAAACCAUUGACUGCCUCAACGCUACAAGUGUCGGUCAUAAGCUAUUUGAGUCGCUUUCUAAAACGUAGCGUCUUCGAGAAGAUACGCUUGCGACAAACCCGACUCGAUCACAAUCUCUUCGAUGUUAUUUGGCCUUCAAUGCGUAAGACUUCAAAAGUGCGUUUGCUAGAAGAGGACAUCAGUUGUGGCAUCAUAGCGCCGGAUUUCGAUGUUUACGUGGUCUUUCAGGAGUUUCUCGUGCCACUCAUCAAAGAUAUGCAUUGUAUGAGUGUGAAUGAGGAUUUCAAGCCACAUCCGCGUAUUGCCUUCUUUCCCAUGGAGAAUGCUGUGCGACUCAAUACGGCCGCCUUUAUCUUCGAUGACGAAUCAAAUCUUAUACAACGUUGCACCGUAGAGUGUUCACGAAACUUGGAAGAUUUCGAGUUGCCCGUUAAUUUGACAAUAGGACAAGUAGAACAAGCCGAACGCAUGAUCAUGGGUAAAAUAUUCACUAAUCAUUUUGUUGAGGCUAUCGGCGAAACUGAGUCCGGCAGCUAUUAUACAUUGACGGAGAUACUGGAGGAGGACUCCGAAAUAUAUGCAACGCUGCAGAAAUUGGGUCUAUUGAUACCACUGCUGGAUAUGAAAGAUACAGUGCAAGGUGCCGAGUCGUUGGCCUUCAAUGGCAGCCUCUGGCCUUAUGGACGUGGUGUAUACAUUAACUCGGCGAAUAAUUUGGCGCUUUGGCUAAACUGUCAGGAGCAUUUGCGCGUGAUCUCUACAUCGAGCGACGCGAAUGCCGCCAAUAUGGGUGUGGCAUAUACGCGUGUUGGACGCGUUAUCUCGUUUCUCGAACGUGAGCUGCACUUUAAGGAGAGCUAUUUUUUGGGUUAUCUGCAAGCGCGUCCAGCCUACUUGGGCACGGGCUUAAAAUUUACAACGACAAUUAAUCUGCCAAAUCUGAUGAAAGAAGUGGACAAUUUACGUCACCUGUGCUCGGUGCGUGGCCUGAAUCUAAUCACGUGCGCGACCUCUAAAUCGGAUGUACAGUUAGUCAAUAUGCAGAGCUUGGGUGUAAUUGAGUAUGUGCUCUUUCAGGACUACUGCACAGCGGUGACCAAUAUUGUGUCGCUGGAGAAGGACAUGUCACUGACGAACUCGAAGCACAUCGCCUCGAUGUUGGUGAAAAUAUUUCGCCGCAAAAAGAACAGCCUAGUGGAGCGUAACUAGUGCGUUAGUAGUGGCGUGUGAGAAGUAGGAGAAGAAGGAGUGGAGUUUAAGUAAUUAAAUCAAAAUAAAUAAAAUAUCAAAACUAAAAUAUGUCAUCAUAAGUCAUUAAGAUAUGCCAAAUAUGAAAAUUUACACCAAAGCAUUACAAAGUCUACAACAUAUUACCACAUUCUACAAAACAUAAAGAUAUCAUUUUCUCUCGUCUUUGCUAAUCACCCUCGAUAAAA